AUGGAGGAGAAGCUCGAGGGUCUUAUUAUGUCUCUUGCAUAUUACUGCUCAGAUGCCAAUGUUGUCAAAUGCAAGGAAGAAGACUUUCAAGCCAUACGGUGCAAUGUAAAAAAGAUUAGCUCCUUAUUAUCUUCAAGUGAAUGCCGUAAAAUGUUUUUUGAUCAUGAUUUGUACUUGGGCCAUCUGGCUUUCCUCCUACAGUUUUUGAACGACAGGAUUGUGAGGAAUCAAAUCGUUCGUAUUUUGUUCCGACUUCUCGGGAAAUCAGGAUUUCAAACUCGAGCUAUUGUGUUGAUCAAAAAAGGAAUAACAAGAGCACUGUUUCACGCUCUUUAUAUGGAGUUCUCAGAAACAGCUCCCAGUGAAGAAUUUUUAUUGAAAAUACACCAGUUACUUUGUCGAUUGGGCCCAAUGGAUAAACGUUUUGGAAUUCGUGCAAGAGUUAGUCAUUGUAUUCCAAUUACAAUCAAUUUGCUUAGAGUUCAAGUAGCUAUAUUGAGUUCAUUAACUUGUAAUUCUACCUUAUCUUUAACACUUACAAAUGGAGCCACAUCCACAUUGAAUACAAAUAUUACAUCAUAUUAUUAUAAUCAAUUAGUUAAUACACCCAAUGGUAGCAGUACUAAUACUACGACGACCACCGCCAGCACCAGCGCCUCUACUCCUCCUAAUAGUUCUACACAUUAUUCAUUACAUGGAAAUAUUGGACAAAUGAAUACUACUCUUGUAAAUAAUCUACACUUCCCGUCGUCAUCACCGUCAUCAUCAGCACCGCCAGCAGCCUCGUCCCUACUAACAGCAACACCGGCAUCAUCUUCAACUGGGCUAAUAGUUUCACCAAGUGUACAUAGAAAUUUAAGUAUUCUCUUGCAUAUAAUACGCUUAUAUGUAUCUGGAAAAUGUGGAAGUAAAAGUAAUUCAUCUAUACUGGGACGUUCUGGUGCUAUCAGUCUAGUAAUACGCCUGAUAUCACUUAUCUCUGGAUUACAUUUGUUUAAACCAAUUACACCAGAUAUAACAUCCUUACCGACAUCAUCAUCGUCGUCAGUGGGAGGAGCACCAACACCGACAACAGCUGUAACGGCAACCGCAACCACAAACACAACAAUAACUCCCGUGUUAACAUCAUCACAAAAUCAAUACAGGAUUCCUAUCAGUGUCAUGGGGAUCCCAUCAGUUACGAUAAUGAAUACGAAUACUACGGUUCCUAAUACAACGCAUACUACUUCUACUGCUACUAAUAAAACGUCUAAUUCAACGACUGGUCAUAAUUCCAAUGGACUUACCCUAUUUAUCAACUCACCAAUUAACGGGAAUCAUUGUAAGGAUAAUACUAAUGCUAAUACUAAUAUGAAUGAUAAUAAUGACCAAUCAUUAUCGAGAUCACCAAUGGUAACAAGUAACAAUAAUAAUAAUUUAAAUUCUAACCAAUCAGCAAUUAAUGGUGUGCAUAUUGGAAAUGAGAAUGGCUUGAUUGUUGGGAGUCAAGUGGUUGCAGCUGUGACUGCUAUAGCCUCAGCUGCUGCGUGUAUACAACGUUUACGCCAAAAAGAUGCCAAAUCAGCACCGACAUCAACAUCAUGUAUGUCAACAGGUAGUGUAGCUUCAAAGCUGACUACACAUUAUACUGGUGGGUUGUUGAAUUCAGCAACAGCUUUACUUUCAACUAUACCAACUUUGAUUGCUACUGGAGUGAAGCAUAAUGCUUAUUUAUUACGUGUAUUGGUGAAUACAUUACAUUGUCUUAUAAAAUGGAGACAUAAUGCUGGACGUGCUAUCAAUAAUGGAGCUGUUUCACUACUGCUAGAUCUAUUUCUCGAUGUACAUCGAUGUGAUUUAAAUUGGCGCCGAAUCGAACUACAGAAAAGUUUAUUGGCAUGUCUUCGAUGUUUAACAGUACUACGUUCUGGACGUAAAGCUGUUAUCGCCUCCGGUGGUCUGCAUGCUUUAUUCGCUGUCUGUGUUGGUUAUGUAGGACCUGAUCCACUUGGACGUAAUAAUAACCUAUUGUUAGAAAUUCAUCCACAACAAACCAAUGAGAAGACUUCACGUGGCUAUCGAAAAUUCAAUCGUAAGGAAGUGUCGGAUGGCAAUGUUAAUCUACGUGUUAGUAAGCCGCAUAAUUCUACAACACCUACAAAUAAUAAAUCACGUCAAAAGCGUACACAUAACAAUUUAGAAAAGACAGACUCAACUGUUCCAGGGAAUCGUAGUACAUCUUCUUCUGUUUUUACUAAUACUACCACUGUUGUUCAACAACGAGAUUCUCAUCAUGUAGACGAUAAUAAUGGUACAGGGCUAGUUAAAGAGAAGGAUAUUGAUAGCGUGGAGAAAAGAAGUGGUAAUAGUAGUACUAGUAAUCCUGGUAUGCACGAAAGUAAUUCUAAGGAUAUUGGCAGUACCACCACUAUUACUACUACCACUACUAAUACAGUGUUGCAAGGUGACGUGCGCGUUGACGCCGGGGAACAGAAGGAAAUCUAUUAUAGUAAAAAACUAUCUGAUCCAGUUAUUGUAUUAAUACAAACAUGUAUGCUGCUGCGUCGUUGUUUUCCAAGAAGUCGUUUACCAGUUCCUAGUGCUGAAGGUAUCCUUCGAUGUCCAUUACCUAAAGAGACUUCAAGUGCGUCAAUAUCACGUAAAAAUUCAGAACAACUGAUUCGUAAAGACACAAUGUCUACAGUGGAAACUGAAAAACCUGAUGGCGCAAAAGUUAAAUGGGAUCAAGAGAUUUCUUUAUUAUAUCAAGUUAAUUCUACUACAAAUUCAGAAAAAAGGUUGGAUGAUACACCAACACCAGCCCCACAAAAAUCUCUCAAUGACUUCAAUAAUAAACCAAAUAGUACAAAUCGUAAACAACAACAACAACAAAUUUCAUCACUUCAUACACAGAAUAAUUUCACCUUAAGUCAAUCCUUGAUUACACAAUCAACUACAACAACAACAUCAAUCGAUUAUUUAUCCAUCAAAAAUCAAUCAAUAAACAGUCUUACUGUAAUGAAGAAAAAGAUACACAAUACGAAAUUAUCAAAUGUAAAGUGUCGGAAAGCUAAAUCACAAUCUAGACUAGUUCACAGUCAGCAUCAUCAUCAACAUCAAAAUCAACAGCAUCACCGUUAUGAGAAUAAACGGAGAUCACCUUUGAAUGAGUGUACUUCCCCGAGUACAACUGCUAGACAUUUGUUGAAUAUACCGCCUUCAACUACUGCUACUACCACUGCUAGCAGUGCUACUGUUGCCUGUGUAAAUGCGUCACACGAUUGUAACAAAUCUUAUCCACGUGUGUACCUAUCGUCUACAAAACACAAAGAUUCUAAAAUUAACAAAAAGAAGUCAAGAAGUGAAAGUAAGCAUCUCUCCUCACCAAUCUAUGGGCAAAAUUCUGAUAUUUUCCCUAAUAAUAAAUCGAUUCUUAACGCAUGUAAUAAUUAUGAAUGCAUCGAUGAUAGCAACAUCUAUUCUCCAACUAAUCCUUCAAAGCAAACUAAUUUGUAUUACGCUACAAGUCGAUCAUGUACUGAAUUAACAAAUUGUACAAAAUCAGAUGGUGGUAAAUUUGAUCAUAAGUCAAAGGAGAAAUCAUCAGUUGGAAGAUUGAAGCAAAGUCGACAACCACCACCACCACAGCCACAACAACAACAACAACAAAAGAAUUCCGAUAGUUUAACAAACUACAACAAAUUACAAACUGUUUCAUGUCAAGAUGAAGAGAAAUCACCAUCACCUCAAAGAUUAGUCAGUGUCAAUCGACCAGUUGAUGCUUCCGGUGUUGUUGAUGUCGAUGAUGAACAAGAUGUUGAGGCGGAUGACGAUGAUGAUGGUGAUGAUGAUGUCAUCGAAGACGAUGAUGAUGGGGACGACGACGACGACGGUGAUGAUGAUGACAAUGGAGAUGAUGAUGAUGACGAUGUUGACAAUGAUAUGCCGACACAAUCAACUUUCAUUCAACAAUCAUUUGAAGAUUUAUUGUCAAGUCAUUUAAAAUUUUUCCCUGAAUGGUUUGAUCUUCCAGGGGAAAUGCCUAAUAAAUUGAGAAAGGAACAAGUUAAAAAACCACUGGAUAUGAAUUCUGUGAAUUGGUUAUAUGAAAUGUCCAGUCGUACUUCACAAUCCAAAAUAUCUGAUCAUACUACUACCUCCAAUGCUGGUACCAGUUCCAUGAUGAUGUCGACGACGACGACUGAUGCAUGUAAACAAGACGAGAAGAAUACAUCGAAUAAGGAUGAUACUCUGACAAAUAUGACGAAAUCUGCAACUGAAUACUUAAAUUUCACUGGUGUUGUACAAAGUUUAAUGCCAUUCCAGAUGAUUGCUUAUCCUGAUUUAAUCAAUGCCAGUGGAUCACCAGAACAUGAACCUUAUUAUACGUCGGAUGAAAUGUUUUUAUCACGUACAGAUGAUACUCAUCAUAAACCAGUCAAGGAAAACAUUAAAACCAAACUGUCUAUACCGAAACAACAACAACAACAACAACUACCAAUACGUGGUGUAACCAAAACUUUAGAAUCUUCUGAUCCUAAUAAAUUGUUGAAUAAACCAAUAACUAAUCCUAACGAUAAAAGUAAUAGUAAUCGUUUAUCACGUUUACCCUAUGAUAUGAAUGAUUUCCCGCAUACUGAAGUACUUGACGAUGUUAGACGCCUAAUUGAUCCAGAGGAUUUAAUCAAUCGAGUGGUCUACGAUUUAGACGAAUUAAUUGUCACUGUAUUGAAAGAAUAUCAGUGUAAAGAUGUGCAGACAGGACAACUACCACCAGCAAGUCUACUGUUAGUACAACAGGAUCAACAACAACAACAACGAAUAUUAUGCCUUCUCCAAAUCCCGCUUCAUUGA